AUGACAAAACCAGUUGUUCGAUUUUCAAUAGUAUUUCAAUCAUUAGGUUGGAUUCUAUUAUUUAUAUUUAUUGUGAUAAUUUGGAAUUAUCGAUUAUGUUCACAUGUAACUCAUUUCAAUAAUAAUGAUAAUGAUUGUCAACAAUCUCUUAAUGAAAGUGAUGGAUUUAUUUGUGAAUCAAAUUAUCUUUGGAAUAAACGUAAAUAUAUUUAUCAAACUCAAGAAAAAGAAAAUUUAAUAAGACGUCCAAACAGUUACUAUUUUGCGUCAAAUUGGGAACCGAAUUUUCAUUGUUCUCAUGCUGAACGUAUUGGAGCUAUGGGUGAUGGUGGGAAAUGGAUUUGUGAUUUAUUUCGAAUGAAAUCACAAAAUAAUUGUUUAAUUUAUAGUGCUGGAUCAAGUGGAGAUUUUUCUUUUGAAAUUCAUAUGAAAAAAGUUCUACCUCAUUGUGAAAUUCAUACAUUCGAUAAAAAUCGAUAUUUAUGUCCAAAAAAUACAUGUAUAUUUCAUCAAAUCAUGUUUGGUACUGAUAUUCAACUAAAUAAUUCCAAAACUUGGUCGACUAUUAUUCAAAAAUUGAGCCAUACACAUCGAUUCAUCGAUGUACUUAAAAUUGAUAUUGAAGGUGGUGAAUAUUCAUUUCUUCCACAGAUAUUUAAUUCAAUAAAAAAUAUAUGGCCACGACAAAUUCUAGUUGAAUUACAUCCAAUAAAUGUUACUAUUAUUGAAGGUAUAUUCGAUCUCAUGCGUAACAAUAAUUAUGUUAUUUUCAAUAAAGAAAAUAAUGUUGACGGAGGACCUUAUUUCUUUGAAUAUGGAUUUUUGAAAUUAAAUCCACAAUUUUUUCUUCAUUCUUCAUCGAAGACAUAA